AUGACCAACCCGACCGUCCUCCAGGUGCUCACGCGCGGCCUCGGGCAGACGCUGCCGGCGCACCCGGGCAAGGACAUGACCGUGCCGCAGGCGCCCGUGCGCACGCCCAACCUCACGGAGCGCGAGACGCGCCUCGCCAUCAAGAACGCGCUGCGGUACUUUCCGUCGUCGUGGCACGCGACGCUCGCGCCCGAGUUUGCGCAGGAGCUCAAGGACGAGGGCCACAUCUACAUGUACCGCUUCCGGCCCACCGAGUACGAGAUGAAGGGGUACCCGGUCGAUUGGUACCCGGCCAAGACGACAUCCGCCAAGGCCAUCAUGAUGAUGAUCAUGAACAACUUGGACAAGGCGAUCGCGCAGUUCCCCGCGCACCUCAUCACGUACGGCGGCAACGGCAGCGUCUUCUCCAACUGGGCGCAGUACCUCCUCGUCAUGAAGUACCUCUCGGAGAUGACGGAGGACCAGACGCUCGUGCUCUACUCGGGCCACCCCGCGGGUCUCUUCCCGUCGUCGCCGGACGCGCCGCGCAUGAUUGUGACCAACGGCAUGAUGAUCCCCAACUACAGCACGCGCGAGAUGUACGACAAGCUCUACGCGAUGGGCAACACGCAGUAUGGCCAGAUGACGGCCGGCAGCUACUGCUACAUUGGCCCGCAGGGCAUUGUGCAUGGCACGACCAUCACGGUCAUGAACGCGGCGCGCAAGUACCUCGGGAAGGAGAGCAUGAAGGGCGUCGUGUACGUCUCGUCGGGUCUCGGCGGCAUGUCGGGCGCGCAGCCCAAGGCCGGUGUCAUUGCCGGCAUGAUCUCGGUCACGGCCGAGGUCGACUAUGCGGCCAUCGAGAAGCGCCACGCGCAGGGCUGGGUCAACGAGAUCGCGACGACCUUGCCGCAGUGCCUCGACAUGAUCCGGUCCGCGCGCAAGGACCAGCGCGUCGUCUCGAUCGCGUACCACGGCAACGUCGUGGACCUCUGGGAGGCGCUCGCGGACGCGGCGGACGCGGGCGAGCACCUCCUCUCGUUCGACGACGCGCUCAAGAUGAUGGCGUCGGACCCGGCGCAUUUCAAGGAGCUCGUGCAGUCGUCGCUGCUUCGCCACGUGGGCGCGAUCAACCGACUCACGGCCAAAGGCAUGUACUUUUGGGACUAUGGCAACUCGUUCUUGCUCGAGGCGAGCCGCGCCGGCGCCGACAUUUACAAGUCGGACGACUUGGAAGACGGCUUCAAGUACCCGUCGUACGUGCAGGACAUUAUGGGCGACAUCUUCUCGCUCGGCUUUGGUCCGUUCCGCUGGGUGUGCACGUCGGGCUUGGAGGCCGACUUGCUCAAGACGGACGCGAUCGCCGGUCGCAUCCUCAAGGAGUACCUCGCGACCGCGCCGCCGCUUGUGGCCGCGCAGCUCCGCGACAACAUUCGCUGGAUCGAGGCCGCGGACGAAAACAAGAUGGUCGUCGGCACGCAAGCCCGCAUUCUGUACGCUGACCGCCACGCGCGCGCCAGCAUUGCGAUCGCGCUCAACCAAGCGAUCGCGUCCGGGGAGCUCUCGGCGCCCGUCGUGCUCUCGCGCGACCACCACGACGUCUCGGGUACCGACUCGCCGUUCCGCGAGACGUCCAAUGUCACGGACGGCUCGAUGUUCUGCGCCGACAUGGCGAUCCACAACGUGAUUGGCGACGCGGCGCGCGGCGCGACGUGGGUCUCGAUCCACAACGGCGGCGGCUGCGGCUGGGGCCAGGUCAUGAACGGCGGGUUCGGCCACGUGCUCGAUGGGUCGCAGGCCGCGGAGCGCAAGGCCGCGAGCAUGCUGCGCUGGGACGUCAACAACGGCGUCUCGCGCCGCGCGUGGGGCCGCAAUGACAACGCGUGCUUUGCGAUCGCACGCGAGAUGGAGGUCGACCCGCUCCUCACCGUCACGAUGCCCCAGGCCGCCGACGACGACCUUAUCAAGCGCGUGUGCGACGCGACCUUUCAGUAGGUCCAUGGGACCGACGAUGGGUCUUGACUGGAGACUGAGUCUGGUCGCCGAAGAAUGGACAAGUGGUUAGUAGAAAAGUGUAGUUGAAUGGAUUUUGGAUUGAACGAGAGG